AUGUCGUCGAUGCCUAUCUACAACGAGUGUAUACAGUCGUCUUUCCCGGACUAUACAUUCGCCGCAGACAAGCCCAAGCAAGCCCCUGCACCUGGCGAAUUCCCUGGGUCCGCCAUUCAUAUACCAUUUGAUAUGGAAUCAUUUGAGUCCAAUCUAUUCCUCUAUCCAUUUUUUACAUCAAACAUGCUAUACGAUGCUGUCCCCGAUGCCGCUACACCAAGCACCCUCCCAAGCAACGAAGCAUCACCCAGCUAUGUGACAGACGACCUCUCAUUGCCAGCGUAUAGCAGCCGGUCAUCGCCGAGCCCUGACACACCCGCUGUCUACAUGAGUGAGGUGGAAAAAGAGCGUCGCUUGCCGUCUCCAACAAUGGAAAACACUCCUAAAAGGAGCCCAUAUAAGGGCACCGUCCAUAACCCAGAAAUUAGUGACCCGACUCCGCCUCUGAAAUGCAUGUGGGAAGGCUGCACCUACAAGGGCGGCUUCAAGCGCAGAUAUGACCUGCGGCGCCAUGUGCGCACGCUGCAUACUUCCCCUAAGAAGCAUGUCUGUCCAGAGCCGGAGUGCGAAGGAAAGAGGGCGUUUAAUAGGAAGGAUGGUCUGCAGAAUCAUAUUCGGCGGUAUCAUACUGUAGUUCAGGUCCCGUCUUGUGAGCCCUCUCCUCGGGUCAUGGGAGUGCAAGGUGUAUUUACUAGUUCCACUGGACGCUGUAAUUGA